ACGUCAUGUGGGAAGCCUUCGGUUUUUUUGUUUUUCCUACGGAGCGUCCUGCUGUUACUUCUGAAGUUAAUCAGUAAAAUAGAGCUCCAGUUUUGACGUCAACUGCUGUGUUUCGUUUAAUUUUCUGCGUUAUGGAGCAACAACAUUCCAACUACCCAAACUCUUUCAAACCAGGACAGCCUGUGACUGCUUUUGUGCAAAAAAUUGAAAUACACAAAUUGUGGGAUGGACCUAACCUGAUUCUGGGCUUCAGUAUUGGUGGAGGAAUUGACCAGGACCCUAUGCAGAAUCCCUUCUCUGAGGACAAGAUGGACAAAGGCAUCUACGUGACCAGGAUUACACCUGGAGGACCAGCAGAUGUGGCAGGCUUGAGAGUCGGUGACAAAAUAAUGCAGGUGAAUGGCUGGGAUAUGACCAUGAUGACCCAUGACCAGGCUCGAAAAAGACUAACAAAGAAGAAGGAAGAGGUGGUGCGACUGCUGGUGACAAGGAAGUCACUGGAACAAGCUAUCAAACAUUCUAUGUCCGGUUACUACGAAGAGAAGCAGUCAUAGAAAUCCACGCAUUAAUGCAGCAGUAACUGGGUGACCUGUAAUGAGUCUCCCACAGAUGGAAAAAUUGUAACCAUGACCUUUAUCACUACAUUGGAUGAGCCAGACAGCACACAUCUUACACUGUGUAAGUGACAUAUCCAGACAGCGCAGUGUGCACAAUCACUGUGUGGACUCGUUCAUCUAUGGGAGGAGUGAAUUGAGUGAGCUCACUGCACAAGAUUAAAUUUGAUCAAAAUCUGUGGAAUUAAAUAAAAAAAAAAAUCCUUCAUGAGACUAAAAUAGAAUAAAUAGAUUUUUGUACUUCUGGAAUGUAGUUACUAACACAAUAUGAGGAACAAACAUGCUCCCGGCAUACUUUCUUAUCAAGAGGGCUGUUUCAACUAAUCAGGCAGCCUUAUUUUCUUUUUUGGGGGGGAUAAAUUUUCAUAUUUAAAGUGACGUGUGUGAAAGUGACAGCUUUAUUAUUCAAACCACAAAAAAAACACUUUUUUCACUGUAAUUACUGUGUGGUUUGUUUAUGCGUGGCUGCACAUAUCACUUUUUUUUUUAAGUUGACUGCAGCACUACAGUUUUGUUUUUUGUUUUUUUUUCUUCACUUAGUAGAUAUUUGUCUGAUGUUGGCAAUCAGUUCUUUGGGAAUAUUGAUUAAUUUAAGCUUCUUUUUUUUUAAUAAAGGUACAUCAUGAAAAGUGGUUUUUGUGUGCUACUGGCCAAAACUUGGUUCAGUGCUGAAUACGGCACAUUACAUUUCUUAAAAAAAAAAGCUUAGCACACGUGAUUCCUGUCAAAAUUGUAUCCACAACACGCCCUGCCAAAGUAAACACCAUGGCUGAUUAGUAUAUGUAAAGCAGUGUCAGUAAUUUUUUUUUCUUCUCUUUAUUAGCAGAGGCUUUGUACAUCCUUCAGUAAUCAUCUUGUAGAUACUUGUUUGCACUAUUUUUCAUGGUUUUGUUGAUGUUGUGUUUGGGUUUGAGGUCCAUCCAUCUUCUAUUUGGUAUUGACACUGUUAAGUAGUUGACUUUGUUUUUCUUGCAUGAUCUGUGUUUUGUGUAAUUCAACACAAUUUCAUUUCUAUUCCCUCUGUUAUUGGCUAGAUCGCGAUGAAAAAAAGCUAAGUUAGUAGCAUUUCUGUACUUUUCUAUUUGCUAUUUAUUACUCUGCCAAUGUCAUGCUAAAAUCCAGGAUUUCAACCUUAAAAGAUGCUGCGGUUGCCCCCCCACCCCCAAAUGUGUUUGCUGUCUGUCACUCUGGUAAGAAAUAAGAUUCAAGAUGAGAAAAUCAGGUUUACCCAAGCUACAAAAUAUUGUUUGCUAGCUUGGAUGUACUGUAUGCAGCAGCUUUACGUUAAUUAAUUCCAAAUAUCGAAUCAAACUGUCUGUGCUUUCAAUGUGUUGUUACUUUGACACGUGAUUUACUGUUUUUGAUACUGUACAGAUUGUAUACAGUUGCCUUAUCCAGGAACAAUAUUUUGUUCUUGAAAUGACACAUUGCAGUAAUUGGUGCUGGACUGUUAGUAACAUUUGAUGGUAGCAUUGAUUUGGUAUGAAAAUCUUUUUAUAUGUGUGUUGUAUGAUGAUGUUACACACUGAUUAGUUUUAUAAAAAGCCUUCCAGAAAGAGGAAAACCUGCAUCUAUUAACAGUUUUGCUGAUACAGUAAUCAAUAUGAAUCACUCUUUUUUGACAAUGCAGUGUUGGAUAAUGUUAUAUAAUCUGUUUUACCCCAUUUUGAGCUGCAGUGAUUAAUCAGUUAUUAAAUUAACCAUUUUGAGACUUCA